AUUCUGGACGAGCACCAAUCCAAGUCGGGCCUCACUUAAGAGCUAAAUAAAGUUCCGUUGCUGAUCGAGAAGGUUCUCUCUUCCAUACCACACGCAUCCUACAAAGCGCAUAUCCCAAUUCUCCACUCAAUUCCCGACCCGUCCUCUUCGAAUUCUGCCAUCACAGACUGACGCCCAUCGUUUCUGGUCUCUCAAACAGCAGCUUUCGCCCCCCACAAUCUUCAAGACCACCAUGGCUUCGUACCCCCCUGGAAAAUGCUGCACCAUCGGGGUCAAGCACGAUGGUGAGCCAACGGGCAAGAUGGUCAAAGUGGCCAACAAGCACGAUGGCUACCUCGCAACGCCGCCCGCCGACAAGGCCCACGAGGGAGUCGGCAUCCUGAUCUGCCCGGAUGUCAUUGGCAUCUGGCAGAACAGCAAGCUCAUUGCCGACCAGUUCGCGGCGAACGGCUACCUCACCCUUCUGCUCGACACCUUCAACGGCGACCCGCUCUCGCUCGGACCCAAGCCCGCAGGCUUCAACAUCAUGGACUGGAUCGCCAAGGGCAGCGAUGGAAACAACCCGCACACCAAGGAGGCGGUCGACCCCAUCGUCGUGGAUGGCAUCAAGGCGCUGAAAGAGGAGUACGGAGUCAAGAAGCUUGGCGCCGUGGGGUACUGCUUCGGAGCCAAGUACGUUGUGCGACACUAUAAGGAUGGGAUCGACGUCGGCUACGUCGCGCACCCGUCCUUCAUUGACGAUGACGAGCUCUCGGCCAUCACGGGCCCGCUGGCCAUCUCGGCGGCUGAGACCGACUCCAUCUUCCCCAACGAGAAGCGCCACCGGUCCGAGGAGAUCCUCAAGGAGACUGGUAAGCCCUACCAGAUCAACCUCUUCUCGGGCGUCGAGCACGGGUUUGCCGUGCGCGGCGACCCACAGGUCAAGGUCCAGAGGUUUGCCAAGGAGCAGGCCUUCUACCAGGCUGUCACCUGGUUCGACCACUACCUCGUCCAGUGACUGCGAGGCGGGGACUAGCGUAUGGGGCUGUGACACUGUAUGGUCUGAGCGGUUUGUUGUACUUGAGUCCCAUUGUGCCCAGCUGCCGGUUGCUGCUCAUCCGCUGGGAAUUACUAGUUGGUGUGUAUGCGCUAUCUGUGCCUUUCAACAAGGGCAUGCCAUCAAAGCCUAGGUACUAGUAGUAGCUUGGGCCAGUACACAAUACAGCGUACGAGAUGAUUCAAUGUUCUGUCAACUUUGCUUGACUCUCCAUGCUUGCUGCCUGGCGCUGCCGAGCUAUCAAGGAAUAUCAGGUCGGUCGUCGUUGUGGGCCGAAUCAUGGCCUACCUGGACUGUGUUGACCGUUCCGGCCUCUGUCUGUAUCCCCCACUUCAUCUCGUCGGGACUUGAGGACAUCCCAAAGUCGGAGUGCCACGUGAUAUAUCUCACAGACAGAGCGGACGAG